AUGCUUAGACUGCGGCGAAUGCGACGCACCCAAAGGCAACGGUUUUAUGGGGGGCUCGAGGAGGAGCGAAUGUGCUGGAUCUGCCUGGAAAGCGACGAGGAGCCGCCGCAGCGCUUGGACUGGCUGCAUCCGUGCCGCUGCCGCGGCAGCAACAAGUGGGUGCACCGCAGCUGCCUGAAUCGCUGGAUCGAUGAGACACAGCUGCUACAUCCGAAUCGGCCGAUCGCGUGCUCCCAGUGCCUCACAGAGUACCUCAUCGUGGACACGCCGCUCUGCCGAUUCGAUGCGCUCCUGCUUCGGAUCGACGACGUAUACGGGUUACUGUGUCCCAGCGUGGCGGUGGGCACACUUUCGGCCACCCUCUACUUCUCGGCCAUGACCUUUGGGGCCCUGACAGUGAUACAGGUCAUUGGCUACCGCAAGAGCCUGGCGCUACUGAACGAGGAGACCACGCUCCUGAUGAUCGCCCUGCCGAUGAUUCCUGCGGGGCUUCUGCUGCUUCGCAAUCUCAAAUUGGACGAAUACUUGUUGCGCCUCCUACGCAUCUUCCGCAGACGUCGCGUGUCGCCAGACAAUCUGGAUGAGGGCGGCGAGCUGCUGCCCGGGGCCCCGCUCGACGACAGCUACUUCGAUGAUCUGCCCCUAGAUCGUCCGGCCUUGGGUUUAGACUUUCAGGACCCCGACUUGGCCGUCUUUGACCACGAGACACUCCGCAGACCCUCUGCCAGCUUCAUCGUGGCCCUCAGUCUGCCCAGCGUUUCCGUGUUCCUGGGAAACACCUUGUACGCCAAGGUAGACGACAGACUCCUGGGCAUCUUCCUCGGCGCCAUAACCUUUUUGGGCAUCAAGGGAAUGGCCUCAGCCUAUAUUCGGCAUUCUCACGAGCAACGUGUGCGGGGUCGCUACGUGAUGGAUUAUAAUGGUGAGCGGCACUGA